UCCUAUCCUCAACUGUGUAUCGUUUUCAUUUCUAGAGUGACGGUGAAGGACGAAUUUAUCUAUUCGUUAAAUCAUUCGUUUCAAUGCUCUUUUCAAUAAGAUACGGUGAAAUAUAACUUAAACGAUGAUAAAUUCAUAAUUAAUUAAAAACAUGGGUGAAAUACAUUUUAUUAUUUAAACGUUAAUUUAUCGCAAGUUUCACGUGUUUACAAAUAUUUGAAAUCAUCUGGAAAAAGAGAUCGAAAAUAAAUAAGAAUGAUGGUUUUGUCAAAUUCAACGGAUAACGCGGAAGAAUCGUUUAUGCGCCGUUUUAUAUGUCGUGCUAAUGUAAAAAAACAAGGGUCCUUCGAAUCGCCAGCGAUACAACCAAGAAGAAAAAUGAACAUUUUAUACGCAAUAAGUAUCUAUCGAUUUAAAGGUUUCAGACACAAAUGUACCAGACUGUCUAGUACUGCUUUGGACUGUUUAAAUAAGGAAAUUCUCAUAAAAUCUGAAAAUUGUGCGAAGGAUAUCCCGAUUCCAAGUAAAUUUCUAGAAAAUAAAAUUUUCCUAGACGAAUGUAAGAGAGAUAUAAUGACAAAAAAAUGUCAAAAUUGGGACAUAAAAAUAGAAACGACAUUAUACGAUGACGAUGUACCAUUGUAUGAUAUCUUCAUUCCACAAUUAAUAGGAAUAACAAAGGAUGCUUUGCCGGGCGAGGAAUCGAAUGUCGACCUUGUCAAAGAGAAAUCGCAAAUUACACGUAAAGAUAACAAAAACGAUGAGAAAUCUUUGAAAACCGACAAGAAUUUAAACGAGGCGACUGAAAGGAAUGAAACGACCAAAAAGGAAACACCCUAUACUCGUCUGAAUGAGGCGAUCAAAGAUCUCAAGGAACAUAUGGAAUUAGAAUGUAAAAUUAAUCCAAUGGACCAAUCGAAAGUACCUCUGGAUCUUCGGAUCAAUUCCAACGUUCGGGACGAAGGACUGACGGAACGCGUGCCUGAUAAAUACAAAGCUUUUGGAGAUACUUCCAACGAAAUAGUAUCACACAAUUCCGAACGUAUCGAAGAAAAAUUGGACGAAGGAUGCCCGAUAGAUUUGGCUAUGUCACAGUAUCAAGCUACUCCCGUUUCUAGAAAUAAUAAAUUUAACAAAAACAAAAAAAAAAUAGAGAAACCCAAACGAAUGAGGCCGAACUUGGAAUCCACCAGAAAAUCCUCUCCUAUAGAUCUUACGAAAAAGAAUGUAUCCCCGUCUUCGGUACAGAGCACGAUUUCAACGAUAACGCCUAUCGUCUCGACAAAAUUUGUGACGGAGGAGAAGAACGAUGAUAAAUAUUCGUGUGAAAGUUCGGAAUUCACGGAAAAUAUUGUUCCGUCGGUGCAGAAAUUUUUAGACAACGAUCUUGGCAAUGAACUCUCUAGCACUUCUUAUAUUCCUUAUACCACGACGAAUUCAUACGAAGGAAAUAUAUGUCAAAAUAGAAUCGAGGAACCCGUAACACCUCCUACGGGACAAAUUCAUAAUCCUAGACUAUUGGCAAGCGAACCACCUCCGCAAGGCAAUAUAAAUAGGAAAUCGAGAUUGUUCAGAUCUCUUUCGCAAAGAAUUAAAAGGAUAUCACGAACGUUCGUCAACACCGAGGAAGGGCGAACCGACGAAUCCAUAAUAAUUUUAAACUAUAAUGACAAAAUACAAGAACUCUUACAGAAACUCGAGAUACAACAAACGUUGAUACACCAAGCGAGCAAGGCGUUGAACUUAUGUAACGCCAUGAAAACGUUUCAACAUAGUGCUCAACACAUCGAGUCGGAACGACUGUUGCUUCUAUCAACUCUUAAGAAACAGGCUGUAUUGAGUGAAAUUAAACGGAUCAAUGGACCGAACGAUAACGUCGUUGAGCUAUACGAACAAGGCGAAGUUAAUAUCACGAACAUCGGUUUACGUCUCAAAGAAGACGUUUUAAGCUUGAUAAGUCAAACUCCCGACGUAUUCGAAUGGUUUAUCGUGACGGUGACACACGAGUCAAUGGUCUGGGCAACCAUCGCUAUGAAUUAUUCCAUCGAUAGCCCAACAACAAUUUCUUUUCCCGACACGAUAACCAUACCAAAUCUCGGUCCGAACUUUAAAAUCGUAAUCAACGUCUAUAGCUUGCAAUUAAGAAGCACGAGUUACGAUAAAAAGGAGGGACAUUCUUGUAAUAAUAACGUUUCGUGUCCUUCGCCCACUAACUUAUGGAGGAGAGCGGAGAGAUCACGACUCAGGCAAAAUGAGAUACAAUGUUCGAGCAUCAGGGAUACGUCCUUCGAACCUUCAGGAUAUGCCGAGUUGACGCUUCAAGAUAUACACGAAGUUUCUCCUUGGUCCCUAUUAUCGGUACCUUCGAAUUCGAUCUUGCAAGGUAUAAUAGAUCUCGAGUUUUCUUGUAAGAUUCGGAUAUCGGUCGUUCACGCAGGUUUCUUGACGCACGGCAACGAAGCCGGAGGAUUUGCCGCAUGGAAUCGACGAUGGUGCCUUCUCGAUGGGAGUCUCUUAAAAUUCUGGAACUACCCGCAGGAACAAGAUUCGAGGCCCCCGUUGUUCGUCAUCGACUUGACUUGUUGCACCUCCAACGAGGUACAGGUGGUGGACAGGUCGCUUUGUGCCAAACCUCGUACUCUUAUGUUUAAAACCACUAGAGAAAGAGUACCCCACGAUAAAAACAGUAUGCUCCUCGAGUGCGAGUCUUCUUACACCGUCGUAAGAAACUUGUUGUCGUGCGAUACCAUAACCGAUCUGAUGGAAUGGAGGUCGAAAUUAAAUUACGUGUUAUCCUUAUUGCGCAACUGGAACUCAAGAAGGAACGAUUUAAUUCCUACCACUGAGUUGUAACAGUUCACUUAAGUAUCCCCGUAUAAUUCAAGUUAACGCGUCUCUCCUGACUAUUAAAUCUCGAUCUAGAUAAUGUAAAGAGUAAAGGACCCAGAAAAAAGAAAAGAAAAAAAAAUACAACGACGAAAGGAUACGCUA